CUCUGCUGCCGUGUCCAUCACGCUGAGGAACCGCGGCGAGGAUGCCUUCAAGCCGGCCGUGUAUGGCGAGUCCAUCACGGUGCACCAGCACAUCAGCGUCGAGGGCAGCCGCAGCUACAAGCUCAAGGGCCAGACGGGGAACCUGGUUUCUUCGAAGAAGGAAGAGCUGACGGCGAUCCUGGACCACUUUAACAUCCAGGUGGACAACCCCGUCUCGGUUCUGACCCAGGAGAUGAGCAAACAGUUCCUGCAGUCCAAGAAUGAAGGUGACAAGUACAAGUUCUUCAUGAAGGCCACCCAGCUGGAGCAGAUGAGGGAGGAUUACUCGUACAUCAUGGAGACCAAGGCCAGGACCCAGGACCAGAUCGAGCAAGGAGAGGAGCGCCUGCAGGAGCUCCGGCGCCAGUGCCUGGAGAAGGAAGAGCGCUUCCAGAGCAUCGCCGACCUGAGCGUCAUGAAGAGGAAGCUGGAGGAGCUCAAGCACGAGAUGGCCUGGGCCCUGGUGGGCGAGUACGAGAGUGAGACCGAGGAGAUCCGGGCCAGCAUCGGCGUGGGCGAGCAGCGCACGGCCCGGCUCAGCCAGAAGGUGGAGGCCUGGCAGGCCAAGGUGCAGGCGGCCGAGGAGAGGCUGAAGGCCAUCCAGGACCAGCUGGAGCACAUCAGCGAGGAGGCCAUCGCCCUGGAGCCGCGCUGCAUCCACGCCAAGGAGGACCUGAUCCGCAAGAAGAAGGCCUACAACGACGCCGAGGUGCUGUACAACCGCUGCCGCAGCGAGUACCGCAGCCUGGCCAAGGACGGCGAGCAGCUCCAGGCCCGGAUCCAGGAGCUCAAGAGGAG